GAUUUGUACCGUAAGCCAAUCUCCUAAACGAUUAAACUAUUUCUCACCCCAGUGUUUUAUAGCAAAAUAACUAAUUAGAUCUCGGUCAGGAAGCCUCUCUGUAUAUCCGAAAUGUUAUUAAAAACGAAAAAUAUGUAGGUCCGCCGCCGUAAACUGCUGACUAAGGUCGAUUUCCAACUUCGGUCGAGGCAUAAUGCUCGCUGUGUGCAAAUUUUCGACCCGUCAACGUACGCAUGGGACAGUCGGUGUUAAAUAUUAUUUAGAUUGAAAAAAUGAAGGGUUUGGUGCUAAAGGUGACCGUUUUGGCGAUCUCGCUCUUUUCUCGGAUAGCCUCUGCGAGGGAACCUUUCGACAAGAAAGAGCUGAGCAAGAAUCUGAUGACCUUGAGGACGGAUUUUAACAAAAUCGUUGAGGACGCUGAAAAUUUCAGCAUGGAUUUCUUCAAGCAGGUGGCCGCUGCGUCGGCUGGCACUUUCGACAACGAUGUCGACUACCGAUGGGACUCUGCCGACUCCUCUAACACCAUCCACAAGCAAAACAACCAGGUUCCAUUAACCUCCAGCACCGUCAAGGAAACCACCUGGGAGGACACGAUCACUCCUCCGACAUCCCCGGUCGCCAUUCAAUCGUUCCCGCCCCUCCUCAACCGCAAAAAACGUAUGGCCGUCUCCCGGGAACCCGCCCAAAGUGAACCUUGCGCUGCGCAGAACCAAAGAGAGUACGAGCUUGAAAAACGGCGGCUGUUCGAGCUGAAAACCGAAGUGCAAAGGCUGAACGAGGUCGUCGCGCUCCUGCGGGACCAGCAGGAGCUCCUGCAGGCGCUCGAACGCAAAUCCAACGAUGUCAACGCGGAUCCAAAGACCAAGCGAGAGAUCCAGACGUUGCUGCAGCUUUUGGGCGUCGACGGCUCGAAGAAGAACGAAACGCAGCGAAAGGAACCUACCGAGGCGCGGAUUGAGAUCGAAACGAUCAAGAACGACCUGAAGAGGACCGCGGAAGCGUUGAAUCGCACCCACGAGAUGCUGGUGCAGGAGCAACGUAAAGAGGAGACCAUCGAGGAAGAGCUCGAUAGUCAGAAGCGCGAGCUGGGCUUCUUGAAGGUGAUGCUGAUGAGUUUGUACGAGAAAUCGGGAAACCGAAACACCUCUGCGGAUCCUGUGGUGGGCGCGGUGCACAGACCGAAGAGUUUGCCUCCGAAAAUGGCUUCCACUCGCCAAGCGGAACGCGGGGAUCACCUGGAGAGGGCCAGCGGGGACGACGUCGACGUCGACAAACUGCUGAACCUGCUCGAGCAAAGCAAGAAGAAGAAAACUGACGAGGACGAUUUGAAAUCGAAGAUAUUGGAACUGGAGGCGGAGGUGAAAAAGAAGAAGGAGCGCGAGGAGUUGGCCAAGGCGAUACGGAAAAUGACGGCGAAGAGCGACCCGUCGACCAAACUUGCGCAGGCCCUUAUCGCUCUCAACCAGCCGCAGAGCAAGGCGGACGAUGACGACGUCGAGGCCGAGCUCCAAAGCCUGCAGGCUGCCAUCAAUAGGCUCAGGCCCGACGAUGACUCGGCCUUGGCACCAGUAAGGGGCAAAAACGAGGCGCAGGACUUUCAAGCCAUGCUGACCAAGCUGCUGACUCAGAACGGGGUCCCACAGCAGGCGGGAAUAGCUAUUUCAGGUGCGCAAAAACCGCAAUUUUCUCCGGAACAAUGGUUCCAGUUGAGUCAGAUGAUGUCCAAAAGCGGGUACGGCCCUGGAUUUUCAGCGGAGUCGGUCUACGGUAAGCCAUUGGGACCGUACCGCGACUACGACUACGGCGGCUACGACGUAGCUCCGCCCCCGUUCCCGCGAGGCUACGGAGCCGGCGCGGACCGGCAAUAUCUCGCCCUACUAUCCGGCAGCUAUAACAGAGUCAAUCCCUAUUCGUUGCCCCCUUACGACUCCCAAUCCAGCGGCUACGGAGCAUAUCCGGCAUACGAUUCGAGUCGUUUCAAAACGCCCUACGGCUCUAAUUAUUACAACCCGCCGCAGUAUAAAGGGCCUUUCGUCGGUCCACCGCCCCCGUACGCCACUGAAAACUCUUAUGGCAACAUAAAUGGCGGUCCUAAACCAGCGUACUUCAAACCUCAGACUUCCGACGUCCAGAAACCGUUUUUUUACCCCGGUUCUAACUACGCAGCUGCGUCAUCGUUAGCUACGAAGCCGGCGUCGUACGGUGACGUCGCCGCCGCGAAUUACAACCCCCAGUUUUUUCCGCCUAUGCCGGACAAGGCACCAGAUUAUCCGGGAGGUCAGCAGAGCGCUGACUACGGCCCGAAAGGUUAUACUGGAUCAGGCCUGGAUCAAUCAUCGUACACUGUUCAGAAGGCGAACGACAACUACGCCGUCAUAGCCGAUCUGAAACAGCAAAUAGGCAACCUGGAGAACGUCAUCAAGGGUUUGAGCCGGGCCGACUAUAGUCAGAAGCCGGAAGACAAGGAGACGAUCGCCAAUUUGGAGCAGAAAAUCUACGAACUGAAGAACGUAAUCAGCGCGAUCAACCAGCCGUCAUACGACGGAGGUCAAAACGGGGGUGGCUACGAUCAAAAAGCAUCGGCGGACGGGGCGGGUGGCCCAGCUUAUGUUAGCCCGCCCAAAGCGAGAAGAAGAAGAGAAGCGCCCGACGAACGACAGGAGCCAAGAACGAGAAUCGCCGAACCGGACCCUCUCAGCCAGGUUGCCGCGUUUUUCCAAAACUACCUCAAAGAAAACUCUACACCGCCCGGGGCAGAAAGAAGCGGCAACGUCGCGGAACUCCAGGCGAAACUCGACGCGCUAAAGACACAAGGCUAGAAGCGCCAUACCCAGAUCGGUUAGUUCGUACUACAACAACAACGCGAUCUAUCCCUUCCCCAUUCCGACCCCAGCGAACGUCUACGGAAAUGUCAAUAGUUACUCCGCCGUCCCAGCCGCCUCAGAUUCUUCGCUCAAAAAAACGGCCAAGCACCAGGACAUUUUCACCCAGAUCCUGCUGAGUAUACUCGAUAAGGUUUUGGCGUCUCUUCCCGAUGUCGUCGGCCAUCUUUUGGGCAAUUCGAUCACAGAAAUAACCAACAGUUACGGAGACUCGUACAGCCCGAUCCAGAAGAUUCUCGGGAACCUGGGAUCGCUAGGCACCAUCCCUCUCGUGCUGGUCAAGAUAUUGGAGAGCGUUAACCAUAUCUUUCAGACGUUGAGGAAGAAUCAGUUUUUCAGGCGAUUCCUGCUACCUGGCGUCGUUUUCCUGCUCGUCGGAGGCGCGAUAUUGUUUUUGUUUUGGUUUUUCGACGACAGUGCGCCAUAUACUAACCGUUUGGAGUACGGUGGCGCCAUCUAUCCGACGAGUUACGGGAAACGUGACGACUUCUUGGACAGAUAUCGUAGCUAUGCAACAGGAUACGCCCAAGCGCCGCGGAAUAACUAUUACGAUUAUCCUGACGUUACACACGAUCACCUUAGUUUCUAAAUAAAACUUAU